AGUCAGCGUUACGCGAGACCGGUGCGCGGCGGCGCGAUCGAUACCCUGCACUCCCUCCCCUCAGGCCCUCACGUCCCCAUGCACCUGUCGUAGACAGCACCGCUGAAAACUAAGAAAAACCUCAAAAAAAACAUCCAAAAAUGAAAUAAAUUUAAAGAAAUCAAGUGCUUUCCUCAAAGUCAAUUUUCGGUUAAUAGUACAAGGUCGCCACGGUCGUAGACCUUUAAGAAACUACCUCAAAAUAAUACACGGGUUCAAGCAAUACGGUGUUUAUUUGUGUUUCUAUCGUUGAUUUUAUUUUUAAUUAUUACGCGUAGUGGGCAAGGUCGUAGUUUAUUUUGCCGUGCACAAAUGUCGGAUCUUUUCCAUUGCAAACGCGCGCGUGCACCGAGGUAGAACAUAACAAAGGUGCUCCGCCGGCAGGUCGUCUUGUCGUUUGUCGUUGUGUUAAGGAUAAGCUAUGGCUUCCAAGGUUCUCGUACCGACAGCCCCCUUCGCAAAACUGCAGGUGAAAAAAUCACCUCCAGAAAAUGGGGGUGGUUUCAUCAUUAGUAGCAGUGAUGCAGCAGCUCGGGUCGCACACUUGGAGCACAGCGUCCGUUUCUUACAAGAACAACAUCGAUUGAUGCUGAGCGGUCUCCAUGCUGAGAUAGAGGCAUUACGAGAGAGAAACAGAGACUUGCAAUUUCAACUGAUAUUCAAUAAGGAGUCCACAGUGAAACCAAGUCCGCCGGUGCCAGAUGACACAGCUGAAAAUAAUGAAGAGAAGUUACGUAAAGAUGUGAGUCGAGCGGAACGCGAGGCGGCGGCCGCGCGCGGUGAGGCGCGAGCCGCCGAGGCGCGCGCGCUGCAGCUGCAGAGACUCGUGGACGCGCAGGCGCAAAAACUUCGCGAUCUGGAGAGUCAGCGCGAGGGCGAGAAGGGAGGGGGCGGGGGCGCGGCGGACGGCGCGGAGGAGAGCCGCGCGGAGCUGCGCCUGCGGCUGGCGGAGGCGGAGCGGCUCGUGCGGCGCCUGCGGGCGGACGCGGAGCGCCAGCGCAGAGAGGUACUCGGGGGCGCGGGCGUCACCAACCUACUGUUCGACGGCGCGGCCGCUCGACACGCGCACUUGCAGUGUAUGAAGAAUUCCCUCCACGCCAGUUUGCGAGCUAGCGGUCUAGACGGGUACGGUUACCAGAACAACUACCACUUUCCGCCCGUACACACGCCGGACUUCUGGCGGGAACCGCUCAGAGAGGAGUAUAGUAUGGGUUCGCGUAACAGGAACAAUAGAAGACCUCUCACACUCCCUGAACUAACAGCGGUUGGUCAACCGCUGCGCUCAACCGUGUAUGCUAAUAACCAUACGCGGCCACGAGGCUACGUUCACGAGAAAAAUAAAAAGACUCAAACCACGAACGGAGAAACAACUAAUGGAAAAAGUCCAGAGGAACCGCAAGAAAAUUCACGAUUAAACCCGAUAGACACCGAUAGUUUAGCGAAUACGAGAAAAACAAAUGAGUCUAGGUUCUCAACGUACCCAGAGUUGAAAAUAGUGGUUACUAAAAUAAUUCCACAUGGAAACGUGAGCGCGCCGGGCGACGCGCCGCGCGCGCGGUCGCGGCGCGCGCCCCGCAAGCACUCCGACCACACAUAGCCGCGCGCUCGCUCGCACACUCUCACAAAUAUAGUUCAUACACGGCACACACGCCGCCUCUAGGCGCUGCUCUCGUUUGACAGGACUAGAAACAUUGCUAUCUCUUUUCGAUUUGUUGGAUUUAUAAGGGAUAGCAAUUGUUUCAGGUAUUGUCAAGUAGGUUUUGUUGAGAUUGUUUAAAACAGAUUCGGCAUUAUUACAUACACGCAGAUCUCGGAAGUCGAGAUGUGAUUUCUUUAUUAAUUCGUCCCUUUGUCGAUAUAUGGUGGACGUUACGACUAUGAUUUUAAUUGUUUUUGAAGUAAAAUCGCUUCAUAAAUCUUAAUUCGAGGAUAAUUAUCAUCAAGUUCCAUUACAGUGUGCGCUGUGUCGUAGCUUAAUUGGCAUUGGUAAACAAAUAUAUGAUUAUGAUUGCUUUAAAAUUAAAACUAUUAUGAGAAAUUACAAUUCAAUCAGUAGUAGUAACGUGUCCGAUGGAUGUCUAAUGUAUUAAUAUUUAUAAAGGUAUCAGUUUAAGAACUAUAAAUACUAUACCAGAAGUCAAGACAAUGAAAGAGAUCACAUUUAAGAGACAAAAUAAUCCAUGAUUGAACUUAGCGAUCAGAUUAAUUGAAUUGAAAAAUUGGGAAAGGACAUUGUGAUUCCAAUUAGCCUGUCGAGAUCAAAUAAAUGAUUGACUUAAUCAAAGAAAAUGUGUCCGAUUGAUUGUACCUCUCCCAUAGAUCUUAUGCUAUUAAAAUAUACCUCAAUGGUUCUUAAACAGCGUAAAUAUAAAUGGCUAAUAAUGAAACAAGUGAUAUAACAGUAUAUAAACUAUAUAAAAUAGUAAACAAACGCAAUUAUGUAUUACGUAAAUUUUAGUAGAAUUGAUAUUUUGCCUUAGAAUUGAAUAGGAUCGACAGCACUUUUAAACGUGCAAUGUAAUGUAUGUACGAUAUUUGUAGUCGGGUAAUGAAGUUAGUAUUCAUUUUAGCUUUAAAUUAAACAUUUUUUGAUCUUUUGAAACAUUUACGAAGUCGACUUCAUAAUGGGUGAUAUUAAGAUUCAAUUAGAAUUAAAAAUAUGUUUACAAACAAUCAAUACUUCUACUGAGAUUAGAUUGUAUCGAGACGAACCGACAAGACGCUCAGUAGUUAAAUACAAUUUUUGACAUAAUACGGAAAACAAAAGUUUACAGUUUUGAAACAAAAUUGCGUAUUGAUUUCUCUUUAAACUGAUACAUCUAUGAUUUUAAAAAUACCUUGAUACGACAUGUAAGAUUUCAGUUCGAAAUUUCUUUUGUUUACUUUGUAAGAUUAAAAUAUAUAUGAAAUAUUUUAAAGCAAAACUGUAAGCGUAACAAUGGUUGAUUGUCAAUGUAUAAAUCAGUUUUCGUAUUACAUGAUACUUUUAAAGUGCCUAGAUUUGCUUUGUGGUCCUAAUUCUUAUGAUGUUGCAUUUAACAUAGAACGGACAUUGCAAGAACUUAAAUAGGUAUAAUUAUUUAGUUGAACAUAUUAAAAGAAUCAGUACAGUGCGCGACAACCUUUACAUUUAUAACGUGAAUCAUGUAUAUUAUUGCUAUAAACUUAAUUCUAUAAUUGAGCAUAUUAUUGUAUGUAAGGAAAGUGUUUUUGGAACCUCUCUUGAAAGCUACAUAAUAAUCAGUCUCAGAUCGGUGAAACAGCGUUUAAAAAAUAUUAAAUAUAAUUUCAUGCUAUAAAUAGUGGUCACAUAUAUCAUGUAACGUUUAAUUGAUAACCUCAUAAUUAUUUUCAUACAACGUCAGCAUUAUUAUAAGUUACUUGGAUGUGAUUGGAAAAAAAUAAUUCACCCGUGUGUAGGGGAUGAUUUAUGCGCUAGGCUUUCGAGGUCAAGUCUUGUGUGGCAACAUUUAUCAGAUUCAAACAAAAUAGCGCCAUAUUAGAAAUAAUAGGUUACAACUCAACUCAAAUCAAUUAUUGCUUAAGCGAUAAAACGUCAAAAAUAACCGCUAAAAGUAUAUGCAGAGCCGUUGUAAGUUAUCGCGAUGAAAUAAAUACACUGAGAUUUGACACAGGAUUGUUUUCUUUAGUAAUCUAAAGAAAAAUAUUGUGUCACGACUCCCCACUGUCUAGUAUAAGUAAUAUAUUUUGUAUAUUAAUUUUUAUAUUGUAUGUUAGUGGGAUGUUUUAAAUUGGUCGUGUCAAAUCAAAUAUAAUUAAUUUAAAGAGUUUUUUUUUUAUUUCCAGAAUAAAAAUUACUACUUUGAUUAUUUAAAAUAAACUUUAUUUUAAUUCAGUAUAAAACUAAUUUGAUGAAGCGAAUGUGCAUCAUUUGGUCUAUUAUAUCUCUAUACACGAACUUAACUAAACAAUGAUCCAAUGUAACUUGUAAUAUUGAUAAUAAUUUAAUAUGUAAACAAAGAAAAGUAAUAAUAAUAAAAAAAACAUUCAUUCAAAAUUAAAUGCUCAAUCUUUUAAAAGUUAAAGACAACGAUAAUUCAUUCCACAAUGUAAACAUUAGUAAUGUCAUGCCAUUUUGUUUUUCUUCCAUUCACACUGGUGUUGCUAUAAGAAAUAAAUAAGAUGAUUUUCAAUAUUAUGUGAUAAAACUUGUACUUAAUAUAUUAGUAAAAACAAAGACGGAUAGCGGUAGUAAUAUAUUGAAAUGUAAUAUCAAUUUUGUAUAAUUUAAAUUAUAGUAGAAAAUAUCUUGAUAAGAAAUCUUGUAAAACGACCAGUGUGUUUGGAGAGGUAUGCUACAUUUGUGAGAGCGAUUGUAAAUUUUUAAUGCUAAAUUUGUAGCCUUACCCAUAUUAUCUAAUUAUUAAAUUAUAUUAUGAAUAAUUAUUGAUAUAAUAUAUUUAUUGUGAACUAUAA